UGUGCCUGAAAUUGUGUCAAGUCCGAGAAAUAGCUGUAUUAGUUCAGAACGGGACAUCAUUUUUCCCAAGGUGUAGCUCGUACCAAGUCGAGUUCGAACAGACAGUGCUGUCUCCUGAGCUUGACGUCAUACACUGUGAUCGUUGCAACCGUGAUAUAUCAAGCCAAACUGGAAUUGUACACUGGUGGAUGCCCCAACAUCUUUCCUACAACUCCUGAUGGAAACUUCAUCUAGCCAAAGUUCCAUUGUGUGAUACUCCGUUUCAACCAUGUCCUCCGCUAUUGUCGUCGGCGCAACCGGGAUCCUCGGCCGGGAGAUUGUUAAGCAGCUCGCCCAGACGCCCGAGAAAUGGAAGAAGAUCUACGCCUUUUCGCGCAGCAAGAAGGACGAGUUUCCGUCCAACGUGGUGCACCGCCACAUCGACCUCCUGAGCUCGGCCGACGCGAUGGCCAAGGAGCUGCAGGGGGUUGAAGCGGAGUACGUCUUUUUCGCCGCCUACCUCCAGAAGGACAGCGAGGAGGAGAACUGGCAGGUGAACGGCGACAUGCUGCACAACUUCCUGCGCGCGCUCGAGCUGACCUCGGCCAUCGCGCAAACCAAGCGCAUCCUGCUGGUCACCGGCGCCAAGCAGUACGGCGUUCACCUGGGGCAGCCCAAGAACCCGCUGCGGGAGACGGACCCGUGGCUGACCGCCAACCCGCCCUUCCCGCCCAACUUCUACUACCGCCAGCAGGACAUCCUGCGCGCCUUCUGCGCCGCGCACCGCCACCUGGCCUGGACCGUGACCUACCCCAACGACGUGAUCGGCUUCGCGACGGGCAACUUCAUGAACCUGGCCACGGGGCUGGGGCUGUACGCGGUGGUGAGCAAGGAGCUGCAGCUGGCCGAGGCCGGCCGGGCCGGGCGGGCGGGCGAGACCUUUGAGCCGGAGCCGGAGCUGGCCUUCCCCGGCAGCGAGACGUUCUACACGCGCUUCGACACGUUCACGUCGUCGCGCCUGCACGCGCGCUUCUGCGAGUGGGCGGUGGCCGAGCCGCGCGCCGCCAACCAGGCGUUCAACGUGGUCAACGGCGACGUGCAGAGCUGGCAGGACAUGUGGCCGCGGCUGGCGCGGCGGUUUGGCAUGCGCGUGCCGCGCGACCAGUUCGCCGGCGGCGGCGGCGGGGCGGCGGAGCUGGCGAGCCAGGCGGAGCUGGCGAGCCACGCGGCGCUGAACGACACGCCGCCGCUGAGCGUCUUCGCUGAGGAGGCCGGGCUGGUGGGCCGGGUGCGGCCGAGCGCGCUGGAGCAGAGGGUGAGUCUGGUGAAAUGGAGCCAGCGGGACGACGUGAAGAAGGCGUGGGCGAGGCUGGCGGAGAGGGAGGGGCUGCAGAUGGAUGCGUUCGAGAAGGCGACGUGGGCGUUUAUCGAUUUUGUGCUGGGCCGGAACUAUGACAUUGUCUCGAGCAUGAGCAAGGCGAGAGAGGCGGGCUGGACUGGGUACGAGGAUACUUGGAAGUCAUUCUCUGAUGUCUUCGGCGAGCUGGAGGCGGCGAAUGUGCUGCCCAAGACCCACUGAUUUGUCUGACAAAGGAAUCGUCUCUGCAACGAUAAGAACUGCGGAGGUUGACGAGGUGUACCUCGAGAGUUCCGGCGAAACGUCGCCAAACGGAGGAUCUGACUGCGAGUGAGGAAAGCAUUGAUGAGAACGAUAUCAUCGAGUAGUUUGU